UUUCUUCCCUCCGUGCUGGAGUCCCCGCUUGCGUUGCGGUUGCGAGCGCAUGUUUCAACUGUGAUUCCCACCGCGCUGAUGCUGAGCACCGGCCUCUGCGGACGAGGGGCCCCACGGUGCAGUUCUGUUCUCACGAGGUCCCCUUCUGGGGCAUUUACAUAUUGGCUGCCUCUCCUCUCACCAAGGAGAUCAUUUAUCAUCACGUUUGGUUCUCAUUUAUAAGCUGUUUUAAGGAAGCGAUGAAACAGAUUUUCUGAUGAAAGCAGAAGGUCUCUUCUGAAUAUGGCUUCGGAAAUCACUUAUGCUGAAGUGAAUUUCAAAAAUGGAUCCAAGUCCUCAGGCACCAACUCAGCCUCUCCUGCAGCUCCCAAGGAAAGGACCACCCCUCACAAAAGUAAUCCUGGUUUUCCGAAGCUGCUUUAUCCCUCUUUGCUGAUACUUUUCCUGCUAUUGGCAAUCUCAUUCUGUAUUGCUUUUAUCGUUUUCUUUCAAAAAUAUUCUCAGCUUCUUGAAGAAAAAACUACUACAAAAGAGUCAAUUCAUACAACAUUGGAGUGUGUGAAAAACAAUUUGACCAUGGCAGAGAAAGUCUGGAGCUGCUGCCCCAAGAACUGGAGGUCAUUUAGUUCCAAAUGCUACUUCAUUUCUACUGAGGCAAAAUCUUGGCAUGAGAGUGAGGAGAACUGCUCUAGAAUGGGGGCUCACUUGCUGGUGAUCAACACCAAGGACGAGCAGGAUUUCAUCACCCAGAAUCUUGAAAUAAACCAUUUUGCCUUAUUUUUGUGGGGGCUGUCAGACCCGGAGGGCUCGGAGACGUUGGCAAUGGGUGAUCAGACGCCGUACACGAAGUGCCGCUAG